AUGGCCUCCACCCGUGUGCUCGCCUCGAGACUGGCCUCGCAGAUGGCCACCAAGGCUGCUCGCCCGGCCGCCCGCCUCACGCUUGCCAACACCAGCAAGCGGACCCUGACCGCCGCCAGCAAGGCCUCCCCUCUCCAGGCCGUCAAGCGCCAGCAGAUGUCGUCCAUCAUCAAUGCCACCACCCGCCAGGCCUUCGCUGUCCAGCGCCGUGCCUACUCCUCUGAGAUUGCCCAGGCCAUGGUCGAGGUCUCGAAGAACAUCGGUAUGGGCUCUGCUGCCAUCGGUCUGACUGGUGCCGGUAUCGGUAUCGGUCUCGUCUUCGCUGCCCUCCUGAACGGUGUCGCCCGUAACCCUGCCCUCCGUGGCCAGCUCUUCUCGUACGCCAUUCUGGGUUUCGCUUUC